AUGAAAACAUUAGUAACAAUAGCAAUUGUAUUCUGCUUGCUUAGUCAUCCUGUAGUAUGUAAGAAACACUACAACGAUGAAGAACAUUCAGCUUUCGAGAAAAGUCACAAAAAACUCUCUCUUUAAGAUGAUCCUUCAUACAGCAAAUUGGAAGAGAUUUAAGAUCAUCCCCUAGGUUCAAAGAUUCUAUAGACAAUCGCCUUGUAAUUAAGAGGAAAUGAAUCCUUGAGUGCUGUGAGCAAAUUGUUGAAUGACUUAAAAGGGGAUUUGGAAGGUAAAUAAAUUGAUGCUGAUAAUGAAAGAGCAUAAAUCGGCUCAUAAUGCAAAAAGGAUCUUUAGAAUUAUAGUCAAAGAAUCAGUCUCUCCAUUAACGAAAUUAAAGAUGCCGAAUUCAAGGCCAAAAGAUUGAAUGAGGCUAUUGCUGUCUACCAAGCUGAAAUCAAUGAAAAAGCUAGAUAAAUCAAAGUAUUCCAAGCCAAAGAUGAUACAUUAAGAGACAUUAGAAGACAAGACAAUUUAGACUUUUCAACAAGAACUACAUAAAUGAAAGAGAUGGUCUAAGCCUUUGAAGUUAUUCUUCCAAAAUUACACUAAGUUUGGGAUGUAGCUGCCUAACACAAAGCUGGAUCAUUUAUUGAAGAAGAAGCAAUCAAUGAAGCCUUAGUUUAAUUAGCCAAAAUUGGAGAAGAGAACCCAAUUACUGCUAUGGUUGCCCUGACAUCAACUUUGGAACCAACUGCUGUUUAGACUUUGAUUGAAAAAAUGGAAGCCAUAAGAGACUCAAUUAAGGAGAGCAUUAAGGCAGAAGAAGAGGCUGAAGCAAAGAAUGCCAGAGACACAGAUACAAUCUUGGCUGCCGUAUUCAAUGCUAUGGAGAGUUUGACCAGAGAAAAAUCAAGCGAUGAGGAAGCAUUAUAAGAAACAAUCAGAAAUAGAGACAUUCAAGAUAAGAGAUCAAGAGAUGCUCAUGCUGAAUUUAACGCAGCCAAAAAUGGAAAUCAAUAGAGAAAUUAAUAAUGUCAAGAAUACGAAUUACAAUAUCAAUAAAACACAAUCGAAAGAGAUAAAUAGAUUGCAAUUAUCAAGGACGUUCAAAAUAUCAUUGCUACAAAGAUAGAAGUUGUUACAUGCUUUGUAGAAGAGAAUAAUCUAUUCUGAUUAAUAUGAUAAUUAUAAAAUAUUAAUCAAAAUAUUCAUUUAAUUCAA